AUGGAGCCUUUCAGCUACGCAGAAUGGCAGCGCCUCAAGAGUUUCCACCUCGAACUCGGACUGAUAGGAAUGGGUUUCUUUGUCCUCGUGACCAUUCUGGCGUGCCUUUUGUAUAAGCUUGGCGGCCAUUUCAUCCUCGAGAAACUCAUCGCACAUCCCUACGUCAGAUUUGUCUAUGUCUGUCUUUUGAAGCCCCACGACAAGCAGACGGAUGCCGGACAACAACGCGCUCUCGAAUCCUUCUAUUCCGCACAGGCACACGUCUACGAUGCUACCAGGAAGCGCCUCUUGCAGGGCCGAGAAGACAUGUUGGCCGUUUUGAUUGCCAAGCUGCAGGCACGGAUGGCAUCAAAGGGAGGUCAAAAACCCGUUUGGUAUGAUAUUGGGGGCGGCACCGGCUACAAUAUCGAGGUCAUGGACAAAAUGGUGGGUAUCGAGGGCUUCUUUGACCAUGUCUUCCUUGUCGACCUGUCCACUUCGUUGUGCGAGGUUGCAAAUGAACGCGUCCGCCAGAAUGGCUGGAAGAAUGUUACCGUGCUCUGUCAAGAUGCCAGGUCGAUCGCUUGCAACCCUUCAUCGGCCGAUUUGAUCACGAUGAGCUACAGCUUAUCUAUGAUUCCAGAUUUUUACAGUGUUAUCGACAUGAUCUCAGGCCUUCUAUCUCCCAGCGGUGUCAUUGGUAUCUGCGAUUUCUACGUUCAGAGCAUCGUGGACAUUUCCUCAAGGAACUACAUCGGCGGAACCUUUAACCGUCAUGUCAAUUGGGUUGGGCGGAUGUUCUGGAGAACAUGGUUUGAUGCUGAUCGAGUCAAUCUUGACGGCGGUCGGAGAGACUACGUCGAGUAUCGGUUUGGCACCAUUCUCUCCACGAGCGAACGCAACUAUCUUCUAGGAGGUAUUCCCUAUUAUAUCUUCAUUGGAUGCAGAAGAGACGCCGAAACUUUUGCUGAACAUGGCCACGAAGCCCUGGAGAAGCUCGAUGCGGCUCUGACCGAAUCGCCAUAUUUGUCUCCCAUGAAAUUCCGCGAACAAAGAGCUUUGGACGCUCAACAGAACAUCCCUCGAUCGAAAUCAUAUGAAUCCGCUAUUGUGAACUUGAGCUCUAACCUUCCACUGCCGGCAGCAUUCUACCAACAACACCACUGGAGAAUUUACUAUAACGACCUUCUGCAGAAGCAUCAACAAUUCGGCAAUGAAUACAUCUACGCCUUCAAUUGGGAGGAUCCCAAAGUUGACCGUCAGCUUCUGAAUAUCACCCAAGACGACGUCAUUCUCGCCAUCACCAGCGCCGGAGAUAAUAUUCUAGACUACCUCCUCGAAAAGCCAAAGCGAAUUCACGCCGUCGAUCUCAAUCCCAACCAGAACCAUCUCCUCGAGCUCAAAGUGGCGGCUUUCACUGCUCUCCCCCACAGCGAUGUCUGGCAAUUAUUCGGAGAGGGUCAGCACCCUGAUUUUCGCAACCUUCUCCUUCAAAAACUGAGCCCUCACAUGUCUAGCCAAGCGUUCCAAUAUUGGCUUAACAAGGCCUAUAUCUUUACGUCUCCGGGCGGACUUUAUGAGAGCGGCGGUUCAAGACAUGCUAUCAAGCUUGUUCGAUGGCUGUUCAAGCUGUUUGGAUUGACGACCAAAGUGCGAACGAUUUGCAAAGUGGAGACGUUAAAUGAGCAACGGGAGAUUUGGCCCUAUAUUAGGAGUUUAUUGCUGAGCUGGCCUCUGCACAAGGCGGUUGUCUCGACAGAAUGGUGGGCAUGGAAAGCCGCAGGUGUUCCUCCCGCUCAACAUGCACUCAUAAUCAAUGACUAUGCUCGGAGGACAAAUCUCCCGAAGACGAAGAAGCUCUUUGGCGAAGCCGUUUGGCAAUACGUUGUCGACACCUUGGAUCCGGUGGUGGAAACAACUCAAAUCAGUAGAGAUAAUUACUUCUACUAUCUCUGCCUGCAAGGGAAAUUUUCAAGGAAGUGUCAUCCUCGUUAUUUGGGGGUUAAGGCCCACGCCACGCUCUCGAGACCAGACACUUUCGACGGGCUACGCAUUCACACAGAUGAAAUCAUGGAAGUCAUUGCACGGAUCAGCCCGUCCACCUUGACUAUCGCCAUCCUCAUGGACUCGAUGGAUUGGUUCAAUCCUCUAGAAAACGCCGCCCUAGAGCAAGUCAUUGCCCUAAACAAGGUUCUCAAACUCGGUGGUCGUGUCCUCUUCCGCUCCGCCGCUCUUCGGCCUUGGUACACUCAGAUCUUUGAGAAGCAUGGCUUUGAAACCAAAUGUGUAGGAAGACGGGAUUCAGGGAAGUGCAUCGACCGCGUAAAUAUGUACGCUUCCACCUGGAUCUGUAUCAAGAAGACCGACAUCACGACCAGCCCCGUGAUCAACUCCAAAAAGAUGAGCACGGCAGGUUCGUUGGAUGAGCUGCAAAUAUGA